AUGGGAUUCGGCGAUAAGAAGGUAUACUUCCCGCUGAAAAGCACACGCAAGUUAGGGCUCUCGUCCAUCUUCCGUUCGAAGAGGAAAGCGAAGCCCCUCUCGCUUUUCGAUUUUCCAAACGAAAUCAUUGAGCGUAUCGUGUCCUUGUCCCUUCCCUUGGACAUCAUAGUCAACCUGCGGAGGACAUGCAAAGCAGUCUCUGAGAUGACGCUCAACCGCCUACUUUGGGUCCACAUCGUCGACGUCUUCCUCGACGAGAACCGUAUCCUCCUCCCACCGGACCACCUCGAAGACCUGCCCGUCGACAAGCUAGAGCGCCUCGUCUUUCUGCCCGUAUUCGCACUCCGCCACUACCAAGCCGCGACGCCACAGACCGUGUUCAAGAAUCUUGAUUUUGAUGAGCUUUACCCGCAGUCCGAUAUCCCAAUACGAAAGGCGUUCCCCGACAGAGAUGCGGAGGCAACGCACCUGACGCUCAUCGCGGGCGGGCGGUACCUCCUCGCGCAGCACGAGAACUUCAGGCGAAAUGAAGUGCACUUGAUGCUUCUUUCUGGCGUGGAUGAGGGGGAUGUGGUGAUGACGGAGGUGGCGAAGUUCAAUAUCCCGCUGAAUACGCACUCGGGCCGGAUACACGACUACUGGCUGGUCAAGCGGAGCCGGAGCGUGCUGCGCUUCUGUGCGCGGGAGUCUCUGAAAGAGGAAAGAGUAUACCAGAUCUCGGUUUACGAGAUCGACACCGCCGCGGAGGUGCCGCAAUUCACCACCCUGGCGCGCACGACCGACUUCGGGUCGAUAUUCGCCCCUCAGAGCACGCUUCAGCACUGCGGCGAGGAUCGCAUCGCGUUUUGCGACGAAAACGUCGCCGUGCUGUGGGACUUCGUGCGCGACCAGCGCGUCGAACUUUCGAUCCCCGGUCCCGAUUCGCAUAUCACUUACGUAUUGCCGACCAUCAAAGUCGUCGACGACCGCGUCAUGUACAUCCAGCGCCACCUCUUCGCCAUCUUCGUCCUCCCGCGCGACGCCUCCGGCGUCCUCGGGCCCCUCAAACCCGCCUUCCUCCAGAAAUUCUCCGGCCAGUGCAAUCUCUACUUCCCACACCCCGCCACCCCGCGCCCCUUCGUCUUCCACGUCCUCCACCGCACGUUUACGAAGUUGCGCACGUACGAGCUCCCCGCGGGGUCGGGCGUGCCGAAGGAAAUCGCGAGUCGCUCGAUCCCCAAGUCGCCUUUGUGGUGGCAGAUAUACGGGCCGGCGUCCGUGGUGUCGGUUGGGGGGGCGCACGUCGCGGUGCGCAUUCUGCCGAAGAGCUGUCGGGAUGUGCUGUGGAUUGAUCUGGAGCGCGGGGGGAGGGAGGGGAAGCCGCUGGCGGGGUCGGUGAGGUUGAUGUUUGAGGAUUCGGGGGGCCUGGGGGAUAAUUGCUCGUUUGACCCGCUGUCGGGGAGGUUGGUAGUGGCGAAGUACAAUGGGACCCUGAGGGUUAUUGAUUAUGUAUAGUGCGCGAAUAUGACUAACGACUUUUUCUUCGCCUUUUUGAGCCUUC